ACAGCUUGGUUUACUUCGGAAUAAGACUCUAUCGGCAACAGAGGUUGGCAUGGGUACCAGAACAACAGAAUCGUAGCAGAGAAAAGGAAAGUGCCGAUAAGAUGCCAGCACUUCGCAAAUUACUCCACGCCGGCCACGAUGACGAUGACGAGGCAUUCGAGCCCAGCCAUUAUGACCUCACAGCGCCGGGUUGUACAGGUGGCGACCCCUGGAUAUGGCAACAUUUGCAACAGUGCGUGGAAGGACCGCAGCAGUUGCUAGGAUUUAUCAUGGGCAUGCUUGCGAUAGCUGUAUGGAUUGUGAUACAUGUUAUACUUUUACGCCUCCGCCAUGAGCAAUACACAUCCAAGAAGGCGUGGUUCUCCGCCCUCGUCCUCCUUCACUUCACAGCGCCUGACUGCCUCAGCUUGCUCGGAGCUAUCCUCGCCAAACAACUCUCUAGCCAAAUCAUACUUGCCAGCUAUUUGGUGCUUGCCGACAUUGCUUUCUGGAUUUACUUUGCCCUGGUCAAAAUUUACCAAAAUGGGGGAUGGUGCUUUCAGAGAUGUAAAGGCAAUAAAUAUAACUAUUUCGAAAAAGACCGCAAUAUGAACAAUCUAGUAUUUGUGACGCCGUUCGUGAUAUCCUUCAUGUACUUAGGAUCUUGGUUCCACUGGAGUAAACAAUGGACGCCAUUGGGGUCAUCUAAAAUAGGGACCGGCCUCCCCAUGAUGACGCACCGGACCCGGGUUCUAUUGCAUGCUGACCAUGGCGGCCCCGACAUUGAGAUCGAGGUUGACUUUAUGAGAGAAUUGUUGCCAAAAAUAGGUUACGGACUGGGCGUGGCGGCCAUCUUGUUCACGUGGUCUGCGCUGCUCCACCAAUCACAGUGGGUUUUUCAGGAAAAGAAGGUUCCAAAGGCACAUAUCGUCAUUAAUAUGCUAAUGAUACUUGCUGACGUACUAUACCUCAUUAGCAUAUUCAUGCAGAGUGUGGAAACUGGAUUUAUUCUUCAAACGCUACCGUGGACCAUGACGCGGAUGGGUACCAUUGGGUUGAAUGUAGGCAUUUUAUUCCAAGCCUAUUUAAACAUCACCCAGAGAUUAGCGGGCCACGAGAUAAACAACGAUGUAGCCAUGAUUCUAAGGAGCAACGAAAUGGAGGAUAUGGUCGAGACAGAAGAAGACGAAGGAAGCGGUGAGGACUGCCCUCUAUUGGAGGUGCCAAAGAAAAACAAAUAUAUCCGAAAGAUGAGACGAAUGGCCCGGCAAAUGGAGAAGCAGGAAAAAGGACAGUCCUCUGAAGAUGAAUUAUUUUCUGACGAUGAAAACAAAAAGACUGUGAUUCCCCAUUCAGACAUCGAGCUAGAAUUAGACUUAACCGAUGAAACACUUCAGUAUGAACUCUCGAACGAAGAAGUUUACAACAUCUUAGCAGCAGAGGAUAGACAAGAAACGACACUCCCUGGACAACAUUCGACACACGCCGUGUUACCAAUAGGGUCACCUGGCGAAGAUUCGAAUGAAGAAAACGAAACCGUUAUAUAUUUUCAUGAAAAGACAGAAACGCUAGCGAGAGCGGAUGAUGAAGCCAGUGAUAGUUUAGUGAAAACUGGUUCUAAGGAUUACCACCAGACGGUGUUCCUUACAGACGAAAGCCUCCUGAAUUCACCUGGGUAUGCGGUUCCGGAAAAGUGAGCUCUUCCGAGGAUAAAAGGGCGUGGAUACCAAAUUCACGGGCGCAUUGUCCUUAUAGACUUCUCUUUCCUGAAUUGAGGUACUGUUGUGUAAAUACCCAACAAGUCACAAGGAAACGAUUAUGAUAGGUCUAGUUUUUAACUGACGGCGUUUUGAAAAGAAUCGUUUUGACAUCGCGUGAUAAAGUCAUAGCCGUACAGGUGAUCAAGAGCGCAACGAAGUCCAAAGCUAAGCGGAAACUAUGGUACCAUAAGCGCUAUCUUAUCAACAGUUCUGUUACAUUUUAGGCAGAAUGUUGGACCCGCAGUGGGAAAGCCAUCCGCGCUCAGAAUACUCCCAGGAAUGGCUUGAACAGAGCGUACAAUAGUUCUCCGGCGGCGGCCGCAGCACGGAGAGAAUGCCAGGGCGACCCACGGGAGUCGAAACCACCAUCUCAUCAGGGUAGACUCCCGAGGUAGCUCAUUCUCCAUUCUAAACGUUGUCUUCUUCUUAUGAAGGCGGGAGGACUGAGGCCGUCAACACUGCGUCAGGAGUGUACACUAGAGAGGAAAAAAGCGGUUGUUUUGGUCAAAUUUGCUCAACGUGCCUCUGUAAGAAUACCAAGUCAUUGAUGGACUUGAUGGCCAGUUUCGAAUAAAUCAUCUUUUUAUACA